AUGUGUGGACGAUUUACGCUUGCAAGCGAUUCGGACGCGAUGAACCAGAUGUUUUUUGAAUUCACGAUACCGAUGAACCUGUCUCCGCGCUAUAAUAUCUCACCGACACAAGAUGUAGCCGUCAUCGCCGAACUCUCUGAAACAAGACAAGUGGAAUUCUUUCACUGGGGACUCAUCCCGUCUUGGGCGAAAGAUCCGAAGAUCGGAAACCGGAUGAUCAAUGCCCGUUCGGAGACCCUUUCGGAAAAACCCUCCUUCCGAAAUGCUUACAAACGCAGGCGAUGCCUCAUCUUGGCAGACGGCUACUACGAAUGGAAACAGGUACCGGGUGACAGACUUAAACAACCGGUCUAUAUCCGUCUUAAAUCGCAAAAGCCGUUCGCGCUGGCGGGGUUAUGGGAAAUAUGGCAGGUAGAAGGGAUGGAUAAACCGCUCCGCUCUUGCACUAUCAUUACAUGUCCACCUAAUGCUUUGUUGGAAGAAAUCCACCACAGGAUGCCUGUGAUUCUACCGAAAGACGCUUAUGCGGAGUGGCUUUCACCAGAAGCAAAGUCCUCGGACGCACUUCAACGGCUUCUCAUUCCCUACUCCGAUGAAGAGAUAGAGGCGUAUCCGGUAUCACGGUUUGUCAACCAUCCUACGAAUGAUUCGCCGGAGUGUAUCGCGCCAUCUGAGGUCACACAGUCCUUGAACUAA